AUGGCACCCAAGCGCCGCCCCGUCAAUGUCGUCCGCUCAGGAAACGCCGGCAACUCGUCCAAGCCUGUCAAACCGCCAGUCGUCGACCCAGACAAGCCUAUCGAGCCACCUCGACCUCCACCGCUCUUCCCAGCAGGGUACAAACCGCCCGUCGUCCAGCUGAACGAGCGGUGUCAGAAGGCAGGAUGGGAACGGCCUAUCGUUGAUGCUCGGCCGAAUCCGCGGUCUGAUCCGCAGACGUGGACAGGCAGCUGCACCCUCCGCAAGCGGAUCAGCAAGAAUGUGUACAAUCUGGAAGAGGUGCGGAUGGUACCGAUGCCGCCUGUCCAGGUGGAGGCGGAGAGCGCGGCUCUGGCGAAGCACUGGGUUGCUACUUAUGUGCUCUUCAGGCUGUUCUCAAAUUUCCCGUUGGCGAUGUCCUUGCCGCCAAGUAUCAGGCCGUACUGGUCCCAGCUUCAAGCGGAGAAGGCUAGUGCGCCGGAACAUCGGGCAUGGGAGUGGGCUGAAGACCCCUUCAAGGCCAAGAAGGAGGUUGAGGGGCGGCAGGAGCGACGGAAGGAGAAGGAGGCGGUCAAGAAUGGAGAUGGCGAUGCGGGUGGAGCUGGCGGUGGGGGGCGACCAGCCGCUAUUGCGGAUGGAGGGAGAGGUGGCGUGCAGUGGAGUAGAGCGCCGGAGGUGAAGAUGAGUGGGGCGUUGAGGGAGAUGGUGGAGAAUACCGUUCGCAAGAUGAUGCAGCAGUAUCCAGAAGCAGUGAUGGAUGCCAAUCGCUCCGCCACUCCCUCCGGCUCUUCUACACCUGCACUCAAUCUCCCGGAGAUAGAAAACCAACUCACCACCCUCGGCUUCCGUCCCGCUCACAUCCGAUCCUGUAUGACCGCCAUGUCAUCCGCGUACGCCCGGCUCCACUCCUCGUCCUCAUCCCUCAACGACCCUCUCGUCCUCUCUCUCUCCUUCCUCUCGCCCCUGGAAGCAGGCAUCGAAUGGCUUCUCCUCCAUCUCCCAGAGGAUGACCUCCCGCCGCGCUACAGGCCGACCAGCUCAAGCAGCGAUUUCGUAACGGGUGCCUCUGCCAAGUCUGGCGGAAAAGACGGGCUGGUCAAGGGCUGGCUGGCAGACAAGAUGGUCAAAAAGGCUGGUUUCCCGCGCAAGGCGGUGGAUGCGGUACUGGAUGGCCAUUCUGAGCAGGGUGCGGUACUGGAUGAGCUAGGGAGGAGAUUGUGCGGCUUCGAGCCUACUCCAGAUGUUUGGGCGGGAGACGAGGCGGACACGGCCACUAGAGACGCAGCGCGGGAAGAGGAGCUACUCGCCCUCGAGGCGGUACUCGGAGAUCGAUUCGUCAAGCACAGCGACACCGAGUACAGCAUACAACUCGAAAGCCACACCUCCCGCGACAUUAUUCACCUCAACUUCAUUUUCGAUCCGACAUCGCCCUACCCCUCCUCCCAGUACCCCGAGUCCCCACCCCCAUUCUUCAUCUCGUCCGAAACGAUCCCCUCGUAUAUGCGGCUCUACCUCCACCGGUCACUCCUCGAGCAGUUCCGCGAUCCGGAGCGAUACGAUCUCCGCGGCGUGCUCGAAGGCGGCGCGGGCGGUGCUGUGCUCAGUAUGGUAGAGCACCUUGAGACGGUAUUGCCAAAAGUGUUGGAGAACCCGCCGGAUGUGGGCAAGGUGACGGAGCAUCUAGUGCCGAAGGUGGAGGAGGUCAAGCGGGAAUUGAGUGGGGAGGUGCGGCGCAAGGUUCAGAAGAGGUCGAACGGGACGGCGAAGCGGAAAGUGUAUAGCCCAGAGGAGCACGAGGGGGUGAAAAGGAGAAGAGACGAUUCGUUUGCCAGGCCGGCGUAUGCUAAGAUGCUGGCGGAUAGGGCAAAGUUGCCGGCGUGGAAGGAGAGGGAUAAUAUUGUUCAGGCGCUGGAGAAGAGCCGGGUUCUGGUAGUUGUUGGAGAGACUGGUUGUGGUAAGAGUACCCAACUCCCCCAGUUCCUGCUCGAUCACGAAAUCUCCGCCUCUCGCGGCGCAUCCGCCAAUAUCAUCGUCACCCAGCCACGUCGAGUCGCAGCUAUGGGCGUCGCCGCCCGUGUCGCCCAAGAACGGCUCGAAGAUGUCGACAAGAACCCCGAGACCGUCGGUUAUGCCAUCCGAGGUGAACGGCGAGCUGGUCGGGAUACGAAGCUGCUCUUCUGCACUACUGGAGUUAUCCUGCGCCGGCUGGGAUCGGGUGAUCCGGAUCUAGAGAGCGUGAGCCAUGUGAUUGUGGAUGAGGCGCAUGAAAGGGGAGUGGACACAGAUCUACUGAUUUGCUUGUUGAGGGAUUUGUUGGAGCGAAACAAGACGAUCAAGGUCAUCUUGAUGUCGGCUACGAUCAAUGAAAAGAUAUUCAUCGACUAUUUCGGAGGCUGCCCUGCUUUGACUAUUCCUGGAUUCACCCAUCCUGUGCAAGACCACUAUCUUGAAGACGUCAUACCCCUCAUCCGUUUCCAGCCCCAAGCUUCCCGUUUCGGUCCCCGUCAGACGGAAGAUCAAAAGGCCGCCAUCCGCGCCGAUUUCGCCAAGCUCAACUUGGACCCCGCUAGCCAGAACGCACUAGAGAUCCUCCAAGCAUCCGACCGCAUAGACUACGCCCUCGUCGCUGUCGUCGUCAAGCACAUUGUCGCUCAAGCCGCCUCGGACCCCAAUGGCGCCAUCCUUAUCUUCAUGCCAGGAGUCAUGGAAAUCCGUCAGUGCGUCCAGGAGCUUCAGUCAACCUCUCUUGGUUCGGUGGAGAUCAUGGCCCUCCAUGCGAACCUGUCGAGCGCGGAGCAAAGAAAGGUGUUCUUAUCGACGGCACCGAGGAGGAAGAUUGUGGUGGCUACGAAUGUGGCCGAGACGUCCGUUACGAUCCCGGAUGUGGUAUAUGUGGUGGAUGGAGGGAGGGUCAAGGAGACGCAGUAUGAUGCGGAUAGCGGGCUGCAGAGAUUGGUGGAAGCGUGGACCAGUAGGGCUUCGGCGAGGCAAAGAAGGGGUCGUGCGGGUCGUACGCAGCCGGGACAGUGCUACAAGCUGUAUACAAGACGGACCGAGAGCAACAGCAUGCCCAAGUUCCCAGUACCGGAGAUUCUGCGCACACCGCUGGAGCAGCUAUUCCUCCAAGUCAAGGCGAUGGAUGAGGACACGGAUGUCCGAGCAUUCUUGAGCAAAGCAAUCGAUCCUCCGAAAUUCGAAGCGAUGGACAUAGCAUGGCAGACGUUGCUGGACCUCGGCAUCGUCGAGGGAGAAGAUCAGAAGAGUCGAUUGACGGCGCUGGGCAGACAUAUCAGCAUGAUUCCCGUCGAUAUUCGCUUGGCGAAAAUGCUCGUCCUCGGCGCUCUCUUCAGAUGUCUCGAUCCGAUAUUGACUAUCGCUGCUCUCCUAUCCGCGAAACCUCUUUUCACCUCGCCGAUGGAUAAGCGGGAAGAGAGCAAGAAGGCGCGAGAGUCGUUCAGCCGGUCGCGUUCUGACCUCCUCACGGACGUGGCUGCUUUCGAUGCUUGCAACGAGAUGAGGGGCAAAGGUGGAUCCCAUGGAGCAGUACGACAAUUCUGCGAAUCGAACUUCAUCAGCUCCACCACCAUCCGGGACGUCACUUCCCUGCGACAAGACUUCCUCUCCGCGCUCUCCUCUAUCGGUUUCCUCGCUUCGACCUCUCACGCCGCCCUAGCCCGGUUCAAUACCAACUCGACCAACGACAAUCUCAUCAAAGCCAUCAUUGUCGGCGGACUUUACCCUCGUGUCGCUCGCAUAGCGCUCCCAAAUGCCCAGUUUGAGCGCAUACAGGCGGGCGCGGUGCAGAAGGAUCACGCGGCCAAGGAGGUCAAGUUCUUCGACCAGGCAGGGAGGGUGUUCCUGCAUCCUUCAUCGGUGCUCUUUGCGGAGACAGGGUUGAAAAGCGGGUUCGUGACGUACUUUUCAAAGGCGGAGACGAGCAAGGUGUUCCUGCGGGAUUCAACGGAGGUCCCUCUUUUCGCCCUACUCCUGUUCGGCGGCCCGAUCACUGUACAGCACUUUGUUGGCGGUGUCAUGCUUGGCAAAGACGGCUUCAUCAAGCUCAGAGCGAAUACCCGAAUUGCUGUCCUCUGCUCUCAACUACGGCGCUUACUCGAUGCGCAACUGGCAGAGAAGAUCGAAAGUCCCGAAGGAAUGGAUCUUGAGGGUCACGACGAGGUGGUACAGGCGAUGAUGGCGCUGCUCGCACGGGACGGCCUCAGUCUAUGA